CUUUGAGUUCGAUUACAGCAUGGUUUUUACAUUGUCAAAUAUUGGAUUGAUUUAUAACAUUUAUUAUUUAACAAACUUAAUAUUAUUUUCUUAACUUGUAAUACCUCAUUUAUAGUAAAAUAAUGGCAAAGGACCCUGUUGACGAACUCACAGAAUUUUUACAACCUGAGGCUCGCGUGGAUUUAAAACACAUAGCCUUGGAUUAUUUGUUAGGUUUAUCAGGCACAGAAGAUGGCAUUAAUUUCUUAGUGCAGAAAGAGCGUGUUUUAUCAAAUAUUAUAGAAUUAACUGAAGACACUGUGGAAGAAAUUAGUAAAAAUGCAACUUUAGUACUGGUUAACAUAUCGGCAAAUGAGAAUGGUGCAUUGGAGAUAUUGAAAUACAAACCAACACUUAAGAAAAAUAUUAUUGAACUAUUUUUAGGUUAUGUAUUCGAUCCGAAUAAAAAGCACGCAGAUGCGGUAUGUAUGGCUCUUACAAAUAUAACAAGAGCUAGUAAAGCUCUAGAAAUAACCAUUGAGACAUUUCUUGAACACCUUAACAAUAUUUUGAUAGUUUUUGCUAAUACAAAUUUCAAUAAGCAAGGAUCACAUCUAGACUACUUGGCACCUCUGCUUAGCAACCUAAGUUGUAAUCCUAGGAUUUGUAAAUGGCUUGUAGAAGAAAACCCACAUAACACACUUAUAAAAAUACUACCAUUUUGUAACUACCCUAAAUCAAAUAUUAGAAGAGGGGGUGCUAUUGGUGUCAUACGAAAUCUAUCAUUUGAUACUGUCUACCACAAUUUCUUGUUAAGCGACGAUUUGGAUUUAUUAACAUAUAUUCUUACACCAAUCAUAGGUAAUGAAGAAUAUGCAGAUGAUGAGAUGGACUCCCUUCCAAUAUCAUUACAAUACCAACCAAAAGAAAAACAACGUGAAGCAGAUAUAGAUAUUAGAAUAAUGAUUUUGGAAACUUUAAAUCAGUUAUGUGCAACAAGGUAUGGUCGGGAGACGUUAAGGAAAAAUGGAGUUUAUUACAUUCUACGUGAGUACCACAAAUGGGAGAAGAAUCCGAAAGCGUUAUUAGCUUGUGAAAAUGUUGUUGAUAUUUUGAUACAAAAAGAGGAGGAAGUGGGUGCUGAGGAUUUAUCUAAAGUUGACGUUCCGCAAGAAAUGAACGAAAAGUUUAGAAAAAUGGAUGAAGAUUUUAUUAACACUUGAAAUCAAUUUAUAUUUUUUUACUUUAAGGUUGCUCCAUAAUAUAAGAAUAUGAUAAUAUUUUUCUGUCUUUACUUUUUAUUUGAUACUAGCUGAACCAACAGAUGUUGUUCUGUAUAUUAUAAUAAAUAAAAUAAUGUUUUCAUAUGAAUUUGUCAAUAAUAAAUCAAAACAUCAAAAAUUACUUUGUACAAUAUGCACCCUGCUGUCGUAAUGAAAUUGUUUUGCAGCAGAACUGUCAAACGGUGCAUCAAUAAAUUCUCUCAUAGGAAUUAUGUAUGGACACAUCAAAGGAAAAAUAAAUUUGUUGUUUUUAUUUCA